AUGAUACCAGACGCAGCUCGCUGGUUUCGCCGGUGAAGAGGAAGAGAAGCAGGUAGAAUCAGAUCAAUCAUUACUCAAUUCAAUUGAAGAAGAAAGAGGGUGGUAGAAAUGUCGGAAUCAUCAUCGGAGUCGCAGUCGUUGGUAUCUCAGUCUUUCUUCAGAAACCAUUUGGAUGGGUUCAAGGAGUUCUGGUCCGAGAGGUUUUCGUUUCUCGAUAACUAUACUCGAUUCGUCAGCCGUGAGAAGCCGCUUCCCGGUUGGUCCAGCUCCGACGUAGAGGAGUUCAUCGCCUCCGAUCCCGUUCACGGCCCCCCUUUGAAGACUGCCAGGGAGGCAGUGAAGUUUGGGAUUACAGGAAGUGCCAUUGGAGCAAUAUCAACCGCAGGUGUGACAUGGAAGUACUCGAGAAGUUUACAUGGUGCUGGAUUAUCCUUUGUAGCCGGUGCUGUUUUUGGUUGGACAUUUGGACAGGAAAUUGCAAGCCACUAUUAUCGACUAUAUAGGUUGGACACAGCAGCUGCACAGGUCAAGUUCAUGGAGUGGUUGGAAAACAAGCGUCAUUAGCGCUCUUGGACUUUUAUUUUGGUGCUGAAACUUGAAAGCAGUACCCAUGACUUUGAUCCAUUCUCAACAAUAAUGAAAUGCUUCAUUUUUUGAAAUGUAAUGUUUGAUUGCAUGCUUUUGCUUUAUCUUAUAAAGUUUACACUAAUAAAGUUUUAAAGGAUUCCGAAAUAUUUCUCACCUUUUAUGAAGCAAAUUGACGAAACCCAUUGUUUUCAUGGUAUGUGUUAAAACAAGGUACUGUAUUUCUACUAUGGAUGAUAUUAACAUUUUAUCUUUAGUUUUUAUACUUUGCACAAAAAGUAGUUGGUUUGCGGCAAAGUUGUGGGUUCUGAUAAUGUGAAGGAAACAGAUAGGAAUAUUAAUAUUAGUUCCUACUGGCUGGUGGAUGUAGCAUUUAAUGACUCUGUGGUUCUGCCUGCUGAUGGAAUUGAACAUGAUUUUAUUCUUGUCUGUGGAUGGAAUCCAUGACAUUUCUUCCAUAUCAACAAGCUGUCAAGUAAACAAUUGUAUUCAAUAAGCACUGUUGCCUGCUGAUGGAAUUGAAUAUGAUUUUAUUCUUGUCUGUGGAUGGAAUCCAUAACAUUUCUUCCAUAUCAACAAGCUGUCAAGUAAACAAUCGUAUUCAAU